AUGUCUGUCCAGAGGCACAUUGGGAAUCCCGAGUAUUUGACCAAAAGGAUACCUCAGAAUCCAAGAUAUCAGCAUGUCAAAUCAAGACUGGACACCGGUAACAGUAUGGCUAAAUACACUGAGAAACUAGAAGAGAUAAAAAAAAAAAAAAAUUAUAGGUACAAAAAAGAUGAGCCUUUUAAGAGACUAAAAGUUACAACUUUUGCCCAGCUGGUCAUCCAGGUUGCUUCCCUAUCUGAUCAAACACUGGAAGUGACAGCAGAGGAGAUUCAGAGGCUAGAAGACGAUGAUUCUGCAACUUCGGCCCCUGAUGCUGAAAUUACUGCUGGGACCAACAGGAAAGGGAGCCUGGGUGAGCAGUCACCUAGCCCUGUCCAGUUCAUAAACAACACAGGAGCAGGAGACUCCAGUCGCUCAACUCUUCAGAGCAUCAUCAGUGGUGUUGGGGAACUGAAUCUGGACAAAACGCUAGUGGAGAAAGCAGAGCCCAAAGACAAACCUUAUCCUGACUGCCCCUUCCUGCUGUUAGAUGUGGGUGAUAGAGAUUCUUACCAGCAGUGCCACAUUGUUGGAGCUUACAGUUACCCAAUUGCAACUUUGUCUAGAACAAUGAACCCUUAUUCAAAUGAUAUUCUUGAAUAUAAAAACGCCCACGGCAAGAUCAUCAUUCUGUACGACGACGAUGAAAGGCUGGCCAGUCAGGCAGCCACUACCAUGUACGAGCGGGGCUUUGAAAAUCUCUUCAUGCUUUCUGGAAGUCUAAAAGUGAACCAAGUUAACUCUUCUGGAAGAGACUCCAUGGUGUCUGGUGCCUGCAGUGCUCAGAACCUGCCUGCUGGGGGCUCUGCCAGCCACUCGAACCCCCGCUCACUGGGCAGUGGACACUAG